GAAGUUCAGAUACAGAGUUCAGUGUCAGAGUUACUUCUGAUCCGUGUGUCCUUGAAUAUCUGGAUAAAUAUCUGGAUUUGAGCCUGUCCUAUCUCUCAGAGUCCCACUGCAAACAUUCACCCCGGAGGACAAAAGUCAGCUCGGUGUUUGUGAAGAGUCUCAUACACACACACACACACACACACACACGCAGACACUCACACUGAAAACACAGCAUGGCGCGGAUGGAGGACAUGGAGGACACCGCUGUCUCCUUCUCUCAGGGGACCCGCAUGCUCUUCUACCUCAUGUCCCCCAACGAGACGUCGUUUGCGGAAGUGGAGCAGGUUCCGGGUUAUGUUCAGCAGGCCACUCCAUUCUUUGUUGGAAUGAUCUUCUUGGAGGUAUUGCUGGGUUGGCUGAAGACUGGAGACCUUCUCAUCAAAAUUAAUGAUGGGACCACAUCUCUGUCAGCAGGCAUGAUGUCGCGACUGCCUGACCUCUUUGUGAGAAGUCUGGAGGUUUCCAGUUACAUAUAUGUUUGGAACAACUUCCACAUGUUGGAGUUACCCUGGGACUCAGCUUGGACAUGGUGGCUAGCAUUCCUAGGUGUGGACUUUGGAUACUACUGGGUUCAUCGAUGCAGCCAUGAGCUUAAUAUCCUGUGGGCUGCUCAUCAAGUUCAUCACAGCUCUGAGUACUACAACCUGACCACAGCGCUCCGGCAGUCUGUAACACAGCAGUUUGCUUCAUGGGUGUUCUACCUCCCCAUGGCAUUAAUAGUUCCACCGUCGAUCUUUGCUGUACACAUUCAGUUUAACUUGCUCUACCAGUUUUGGAUCCACACUGAGUUCGUCAGGGAUCUUGGUCCUCUGGAGUGGAUCCUAAACACUCCGAGUCAUCACAGAGUUCAUCAUGGGAGAAACCGCUACUGUAUUGAUAAGAAUUAUGGAGGAACUCUCAUUAUUUGGGACCGGAUGUUUGGAACCUUUGCUCCAGAAGAUGAUAAAGUCAUCUAUGGACUCACGCACCCCAUCAACACCUUUGACAUUCUGUCUGUUGAGUUUGAGUACUAUGUAUACCUGUGGCAGCAGUUCAUCAAUGCUGAUGGUAUUACACACAAGCUGUCUGUAAUCUUUAAUGGACCAGGCUGGACACCGGGCAAACCGAGGCUAGGAGAUCCCGAAGAUCUACCCGAGGUCACAGGAGAGGAGGUGCCGCACAAUCCACAAUGGUCAUCUACACUUCAAGCUUAUGUGCAUGUGCAAUUCCUUCUUGUGCUGGUCAUUUACAACAACUUAUUUGCAACAGAACAUAUGCUGUCUCAAACAACUGUGCUGCUUAUCACUGGAUACAUAUUACUCACACUUACCACCCUUGGGUAUAUAAUGGACCAAAGUCCUAAUGCUGCUCUAUGGGAGAUGUCACGCUGCCUACUAAUGUUGGCACUCCACAGGUAUGGUUAUAUCAGCGCCAUGGUUCCUCUACUGGCUCUUGCAACAGAGGUUUUUGCUUCGCUUUCUGCAAUCUACUGGGCUCUGCAGUGUUUCACCAAGCUGGCCAACAAGCAGAAGAGUCACUGAAACUGUGUACGAGACCACAAGGUGGCAUCAAAACUGCUACAGUUUCACUACAAGAUCGCUUUUAAUUUAUAUUGAGGGGAUAACAGAGCAAAACACACCGUCACUCGAGUUACAGACAGCACAGCACAUGACAAAAAAAUUAGAAACGUGGGUGCAAUCAUGUAUAAGACCAGCGUCCAUCAUCCACAUAUCUAUAUGCUGAAAUAAAUAUGAAACCCUC